AUGGACAACCAAGGUUCGUCAUCACUGACGCAGGAGACGAAGCCGUCUUCAGCGCAGCAAGACGCAGCUGUCAUUGACACGCCCACGCCCACAGGCUUCAACUUUGGCGAGAAGAAGCGGCCCGCCGCUCUCAACCUCACACACGCCCGAACCGGCACCUCGUCAAGUUCUUCAUCAGAAAGCUCGCUCAAGGUACCGCGGACUCCUCGCUUCGCCGAGGCAACGUCUGUCCACUCGCCCGUCGAGAACGGCGCUUCACCCUUUGCCGACCCGCCCAACGCUCAAGCCUCCGACUCUCAGCCUGGUGAUGUCGGCUUUGGCUACAUCAGCAACUCGGGCAGUGAUCGCGAGUCUAUCCGCAUGCCAAAGUCACCCCUAAAGAGCGCCAUGAGGGUGCCUGGAACCCCUGCUAGGACACUCAACCUCAUGAGCCCCACGUUCCGCGAGGAGGACAUUCUGGAGAAGCGGGAGCAGCAGACGGAAAAGGAGCAGGCCAGAGAUCUGAAAAUCAAGGUCCGCGUACGCAUGGCCAAGUUCGCCCUCCGAAGUGUCCACUUCAGCUGCUCGCUUAUCAUCCUCGCCAUGCUCUCGUCGUCCUUUGCCAUCUUCAACGCCACAAAGUCUCUCCCUCAGCAGAGCAAGAUGCCCUCGUGGGCUAACGGAACCAACCCCUGGGCCCAGAAGCUCGUCCUCGCCAUGGCCUGCGUGUCUCUCGCUAUCUCGGUCCUGGUCUUUGUCGCAUACUGCCGCGGAGGACAUCGUCGCGCUGAGAAGGUUGGCACUUAUUAUACGAUUUUCGCUAUUGGUUGGUUCAUCGUCAGUCUUAUCCUCUGGGUUCUCGCCGCCGCCGUCUUCUCCAACUCUAAAAGCAACGGCAACAACAAAGACAUGUGGGGAUGGUCCUGCGUGCAAAACACCCGAUCUGAGGUCUUCUCCGACAAGGUCAAGUACGCCCUGGUGUGCCGCCUGCAGAACUGGACCCUCAUCUGCAUCAUCAUCGAAGUCGUGCUCGAGGUCAUCAGCAUCCUUCUCUACAGCGUCAUCUUCUACCGCUACUACUCCAAGCGCCGCCUGCACAAGUCCAUGGAUGUUCGUGACCGCGCCCGCUCAGAUCUCUACCUUGCACAGCUUCGCUCGCAGUCUGCUCCCAACACCCCUGGUUUCCCACGAUCCCCUGGUAUGGGAGGUGUCCCCAUGACGCCCAGCAUGUUCCCGCCCAAGUCGCCCGCCCUUAGCCAGUACGCCUUGUCGCCUCGCCACGCCCCGGCCAACUUUGGCAGCCUCGGCGGCAUCGACGAGAAGAGCACCUUCACUCCAAGCGUUCAGGUCGUUGCUGAGCCUCCUUCUCAAUUCUCCAAGCCUCAGCUUCCCUUUAAGCUCCAGGCUCCUCCUACAAAGGCUCCCUCUGCCACGCCCAAGGCUCAGAGCCCUCUGUCUCCGGAGCCGCCUCAGUCUGAGACUCUGCACGAGCACGCUCCUGUAGCCGCAGAUGAGCCAACAUACGACGCUGUGCCCAUCCCCGGCGCAUACAGCGGUGCUCCUCCCAAUACCUUUGGCCAGGCAAUGUAA